UACUGGAUCUUCAAUGAGUUACUUUCUAUUUUUCACUCGGCAACCGGCUGCAGAUUUCACUCGGCCAACUUCGGUUACUCCUCUACACCAAACCAUGUUUCCAAACAGAGUUAUCUUUCCGUGACCCGCAAAUUAUAUUUUUAACAAUGAGUUGAAUUCUAUAGGAGGUGUUGGAACUCCCGCAAACAGUGCCGGUGGUGCAAGUAAGUUAUAAAAAUAAAUACAACUGACAAAAGGUUAAGGACCACCUUAAAGUAAAACAAGACAGGAAUAUUUGGUCAUUUAAGUAAUAGAUAUUUUUUAAUUGAGGAUUUCGAAAAAUAUAGGAGUCCAUUAGAUGAUCUGGUCAGGAAAAGGAUGAGGAUUACAGACAAGAGUAGUGAUAACCAUCGUCAUGUGUAUCCCUCUCUCACUUGGAGAGAGAGAGAGAAAUGGGGUUUAACGUCCACUCGACUAACAUAUGAGAAGAAAUGGGAAACAUUACCAGGCUGCCAGACACGCCCCAUUGAUAACAAAGGUCUGCCUGCUGCCGCUGUACACAAAACACCCAACCCAGAACCAAUCGAUGCCACAAAAUUGCCGCUAGCAGAAAAAAUUCGACGACUUUCAAUGUUUUUACGAAGUGAAAAAAAAGUAAUCAAUGAAAUUAUGUUGUUUGAGAAUUCUCUGAUGAGUUGUAAAGUUGGAAUUAGACCAGAUUUUUUGAUCGAUGGCAUGGUACAAGGAAAGAACGGAUCCUUUUUCACUGGCCGACUUAAUCUGGGUGGUGUGUUCCUAGCCAGAGCUAUCGGCAUCAACAAGAAAGAAAUCAAACUGUCAUGUUUCAAGAAGGCGGUGGAACUUUAUCGUACCCUUCCUGUCACUGAAAUUUUGAACCAGGAUGAUAUGACCCCAAAAGUUAUCAAGGAGAAACUGGAGAAUUUUAACUCGACCGUUGCUAAGAUGGAGAAAGAAACAAUUGCAGAGUUACCCCCACCAUCUAUUUUGAAACAGAUCCAAGAUAUUCUAACCAAUCCUAAAUAUGCUUCAACCAAUUCAAUCAGCAAAAUGGAGUUGGCGGCCUCUGUGGCUAAAUGUCGAGUCCGUUGUCGAUAUGAUGUAGAGAGUUGUAAAGCUGAAUCAGGGAAAGUUUAUCAUAAGGGCAUGUACUUUAUUGACAACAUACUACAAGGUGCAGGUGUUUCAGUUUCCAAAAAAACUGCUAAGUCAUUGUGUUAUAAUAUGGUGGUUGAACGACUGACCACCAUGAAUGUUGAACAUGGCAACAUCUUAGAUGGUGUCGAACAGUCUGUCAUAACAGAAGCAGAAGCAUAGGUUCAGAGCACUUUGGUAAAGGCAGCACCAAAUCCUAGGGCAUUUGAUCUCCGUGAACAGUUUGUCAAAAUGAACGAACUUAGCAGUGCCACGCAUCCUGCAUCCAUCAUUACUGUCUUGGAUGGAAUUUUCAACGAUGUAAAAUUGACGCCCAUUUGUCUGUACCGUCGUAGCAUGAACACAGAAAUAGAAAAGGAGAAAAUUUUCUGUAACCUCUAUCUAGCUGGUCAUCUCAUCAUGAUUGGUGAAGCAGAGAACCGAACAGAUGCCCAAGCAGACGCUUACUCUAAAGCCCGAGAGGUUUUGACGAACUGUGACCCCGAGUUCAUCCUCCCCCAACACAGUAAACUUCAACCACACGACCAAGCAGCAACAGAUGUUAUCGACUUUCGUGUCAAGGGCAACUGCAUUUUGGAAGAUAACUGUUCGAAUCUUCAUCGCUUACAAUGGACCCGAAAACCUAUAUCAACACUACCAGCCAAGGAUAUCGUUGUCUUUGAGGACGUCAGUUGGAUAGUAGAUCGUAAAGUUCAAGGUUUCUAUAUUUUACAACAUUCAUGUUUUGUCAACAAUAUGUUGUUGGAAUGGGAGUUUUUUGACAAUGAUGAUCGUGUAUUCAGAUGUCAGAUGAAGAUACAGAAGGAAGAUGUUGGAACCGAACCUGCAGUGUCUCUUAGUAAGAUAGGCUCUAGAAAUUUUGCAGCAGCUGAUUUCUUGUUUAAGCUCUACG